AUGUACAAAGGAAACUCUGUGAAUUAUUACACUUCGAUUCAACAGAAUGAGGCGUAUAAAAAACAUAUAUCUUCUCAUAAUUCAUCAUCUUCGGAACCUUGUACAUCUCGUAUCUUGGGAAGAAGAUUUGCUUUAACAUCCACAGCUUAUAAAUAUUUGGAUAUUGGAAUCAAUGUGGGACCUCAAACUGCCAGAAAUCGGACAGAAUCUGUUGACAUUCUGUACCAGCAGAUUGGCAGCAGAAAUCGAGCAGAUCCUGCUGUAGUCUGUCGUCAGAUUGGCGACAGAAAGCGAGCAGGACCUGCGCAACACAAUUUGAUGGCAGGAUCUGCUGCUAGUCUGCUGACACAGAAUGUCAACAGGUUUUGUCAACAGAAUAUACCAUUUGAUGAAGAAACCACAGAACAUCAAUUGACAUUAGCUAUUUUAACAAAAAGGAAACUUGAAUUUAAAUCAUUACCUGGAUUUGAUCCUAAUCUUGAUAAUUUACAAUAUUAUUAUGCUCAAAAAGAAAUUGAUUGUGACGAAGUAUAUUCUGGAAUAUAUAUUGGUGACGGUAUUACAGCAAAAAACAAGAAAUAUCUUGAGAAGUUAGGUAUAACACAUCUAUUGAAUGCUGCUGAAGGAAAAGGAUUUGGAUUUGUAAAUACAGAUAAGAAUUAUUAUGCAGAUACAAAGAUUAAAUAUCUUGGUUUGCCAAUUAAAGACUUACCUACCGAAGAUAUUAGUGAAUAUUUUUAUAUAGCAGCAAAUUUUAUUGCUGAUGCAGUAUCUAUCAAAGGCAAAGCAUUCAUACAUUGCAUGCAAGGUAUAUCUCGCAGUGCUACAUGUGUUCUUGCAUAUUUAAUGAUAAAGAAAAAUAUGUUAGCAAUCGAUGCUAUACAUUUGGUUCGUACAAAUCGAGAUGUUCGUCCAAAUAAAGGUUUUCUUUGGCAUCUAGCACAAUUGGAUAAUCAAUUACGUAAACAGCGUUUGCAAUUUAAUAAUGCAAUUUAAUAUCUCCAAGAUAUCAAUAUUAAAAAUACUUUCUUCAUUAUUAAGAUUGAGUAGUUCGCUGCGAUCAUAUUGGAGUCGUGACGUCAUAGGCGAAAAAUGACACAAUAAAAUUUAUUGUACUUAAUUUGCAAAUAAAGAAGUAUUUGAACAAAA